CAUGGACAAAUUGAAUAAUACAAGAUAUAGCGAUCAUUAUAUUUUCGAAGAGUCGCCUAUCAUUCACGAUCAAAAUAUGAAACGUAGUAAAACUAAAUCUCUUCUCAACAUAACUGAGAAGCUUGGUUUUAAGAAGAAAACUAAAAAAACUAAGGGUAUUGAAUUACCAACUGGAAGACUGGUAACAGUUCACGGUGAUGGAAGCCAUCAAGUUGAACUUAGAAGACCUAUGGGUCAACCUUUUGGCUUUUACAUUGCUCAAGGAAAUCAGAAAACUAAUGGUGGUCUAUUUAUUUCAAGAAUAAGCCAAAACAUCCCUCAGACAACUUUCGAUGGCUUAUUGAAUCUAGGAGAUGAAAUUCUUAUGAUAAAUAAUAUUCCAAUAAAAAGAAUGAAUAUAGAUGAUGUUUAUGAUAUAUUUGGUCGAGAAUUUAGCAUCGAUCUUAGACUUUUACCAUAUUCCUCCAGAAAAGAAAACGUACUAUAG